AAUAUGUAAAAUCAAGUAACAUAACAUAUGUCUCUAAACCCUAAUAUACAAAUCAAUCAGAAUCUGAACUGCUCCAAAAUCCUCGCUAGCUCCGGCGUCGAUCGGCGGCUCCGGCGAUGAUGAGAACAGGUAAGGGUUCUUCCGAUUGCCAUCAGAAAGUAAAAAGCUUAUGCGCAGCAGUCACAUCUGUGCUGAAUAUACAUUGUUAAGAUAGAUUGGUUCAGUGAUAAAUAAAAAAGAAGAGUAGAUAGGUCCAUCAGUUCCUUUUCACCUUAUGAGCUGUAUUUUUCAUGAACUAACUAGACCAUGAUGUUCAUUGCAGUUGCUAGAACUUUUCGCCUCCAUCAUAAUCUUCCCAAAAGUACUGGGCCCUUACAAUAUCGCUCAUUCCAACCUGACUUUGUUCCUAGAGAUCCCACAGCGAAGCCCAAGAGGUACAAAUAUCCUGCCUUCUAUGACCCAUAUGGCCCUAGACCUCCACCUUCUGGCAAAAUCAUUCAGCUUGCCGAACGUAUUGCGGCCCUACCCACAGAAGAACGUGCUCAAAUUGGUCCAACUCUUAGAGAGAGGCUCAGGCAUCCCAAGAUGCAACAGAUUUCAGUAGAAGGCCUGGACUUGGGCCCUCAGGGAGGGGCAUCCACUGGAUCAACAAAGGCUGAGGAGAAGAAAGUUGAGAAAACUGCCUUUGAUGUUAAGUUGGAGAAAUUCGAUGCUUCAGCGAAAAUUAAGGUAAUCAAGGAGGUCCGGUCUUUUACGAGUCUGGGAUUGAAGGAAGCUAAAGAUUUGGUGGAGAAGGUGCCUGUUUUGAUUAAACAAGGAGUCACCAAAGAGGAGGCAAAUGACAUAAUAGAGAAGAUAAAGGCUGCUGGAGGAGUUGCUGUCAUGGAGUGACAAUCCAUCCUUGUUUUUGUAGUUGUAGCUGUUUUAUCUGUUCAAUUAAUAGAAAGGAUGAAAAGCGAGUUUUGCGCAGUUGGGCUAUGACUUUUUUGUACCCAAGUCAAUUCGCAACUAAGGUUAUGAUGAAAUAAGUAAUUGGUUUUAGCAGUCCUUCAA